CGGGGAGGGUGUGGAUCCGAGAGCAAGCCAGAACAGGUCCGCGUCCUCGCGGCCACUGCCGGCGGUGGGAGGGGCGCGGCGGCCUCUCCGCGGGCAGACCCGCGUGCAGAUCGGCUGGGAGCUGCCGGCGAGAAACUCCCGUGCAUUCGCCGGGAGCUGCUGGAUUUCCACGCCCUUCUCCCGCUCCAAGCCAGCUUGAAGGAGCGGUUUCCUCGAAGGAAGGUACAGAACGGAUCUGGUGCUGGGAGCGACUCAGGUGCUGUAAACUACAAUGACCCUGUGUUAAUACCGCAGAUAUCAUAGUGGAACUGAAGGGAACUUAAUUUACUGGUUUGUUUGUUUGCAGCCAGCUUCCCAUCAAAAGUAAGAGAAGACGUUACAAUUUUCAUUCUUUCUGGGCUGCUUCCUUCCUGAAGAGCAAUGGAGGCAUUGUUAAGUGGAAGAGGAUUAAUCACAUCUCUGAUUUUCUUCCUGUUAAAAUUCUCAACAGCUGUUGAUAUACCACUUUCAGUUCAACAGGUUCCAACAAUCGUGAAGCAGUCAACAGUGCAAGUUGCCUUUCCUUUUGAUGAAUAUUUUCAAAUUGAAUGUGUAGCUAAAGGAAAUCCAGAACCAAAAUUCUUAUGGAAUAAGGAUGACAAGCCUUUUAAUCUCUCUGACCCUCGGAUAGUUGUAUCUAACAAUGGGGGGACUUUCAGGAUACCAAAUGACGGGCACAUAUCUCACUUUCAAGGAAAAUACCGCUGCUUUGCUUCUAAUAAGCUGGGGAUUGCUAUGUCAGAAGAAAUCGAGUUUAUAGUUCCUAAUGCUCCAAAAUUCCCCAAAGAAAAAAUCGAUCCUCUUGAAGUGGAGGAAGGUGAUCCAAUUGUCCUUCCAUGCAACCCUCCCAAAGGUCUGCCACCGUUACACAUUUAUUGGAUGAAUAUUGAAUUAGAACACAUUGAGCAAGAUGAGAGAGUAUACAUGAGCCAAAAGGGAGAUCUGUACUUCGCAAAUGUGGAGGAAAAGGACAGUCGGAAUGAUUACUGUUGCUUUGCUGCGUUCCCGAGAUUGAGGACUAUUGUGCAGAAAAUGCCAAUGAAACUAACAGUUAACAGUUUAAAGCAUGUUAAUGACUCGAGUUCAUCCACAGAAAUUGUUUCCAAGGCAAAUUCGAUCAAGCAGAGAAAACCCAGACUAUUGUUGCCUCCUCCUGAAAGUGGCAGUGAGUCUUCUGUUACCAUCCUCAAAGGGGAGACCCUGCUGCUCGAGUGUUUUGCUGAAGGCCUGCCAACUCCACAAGUUGAUUGGAACAAAAUGGGAGGUGAUUUACCAAAGGGAAGAGAAACAAAAGAAAAUUAUGGCAAAACUUUGAAGAUAGAGAAUGUCUCCUAUCGGGACAAAGGAAACUAUCGCUGCACAGCCAACAAUUUCUUGGGAUCAGCCACUCAUGAUUUUCACGUUAUAGUAGAAGAGCCCCCUCGCUGGACCAAGAAACCUCAGAGUGGUGUAUACAGCACGGGGAGCAGUGGGAUCCUGCUGUGUGAGGCUGAAGGAGAGCCUGAGCCCACGAUCAGGUGGAGAGUCAACGGCUUACCAAUUGAGAGAAAUCCAUUUUCUGGUGAUGUCAUCUCUCCCGGGGAAAUCAGUUUUACCAACGUACAACCGAAUCACACCGCUGUGUACCAGUGUGAAGCUUCAAAUGUCCAUGGCACUAUCCUCGCCAAUGCCAAUAUUGAUGUUGUAGAUGUUCGUCCACUGAUACAAACGGCAGAUGAAGAAAACUAUGCUACAGUGGUUGGAUACAGGGCUUUCUUACACUGUGAGUUCUUUGCUUCACCCGAGGCAAUAGUGUCCUGGCAGAAAGUGGAAGAAGCAAAACCUCUCGACGGCAGAAGGUAUCAUGUCCAUGAGAAUGGCACGUUACAGAUCACCGAGACCACAGAAGAAGAUGCUGGUUCCUACUCAUGUUGGGUAGAAAAUGCUAAAGGAAAAACAGCAGUCACAGCCAACCUGGAUAUCAGAAAUGCUACAAACCUUAGAGUUUCUCCUAAGAAUCCUCGGGUCCCCAAAUCACAUACACUGGAAUUACACUGUGAGAGCAAAUGUGACUCACAUCUGAAAUACAGUUUGAAGUUGUCCUGGAGUAAAGAUGGAGAAGCCUUCGAAAUUAACGGCACCGAGGAUGGCAGGAUAAUUAUUGAUGGAGCUAAUCUGACGAUAUCUAAUGUCACCAUGGAAGAUGAAGGUAUAUACUCAUGUUCCGCUCACACUGCUCUGGACAGCGUUGCUGAUAUGACGCAAGUAACUGUCCUUGAUGUUCCGGAUCCACCAGAAAACCUUCACUUGUCGGAGAGACAGAACAGAAGUGUUCGACUGACGUGGGAGGCUGGAGAUGACCACAAUAGCAAUAUCAGCGAGUAUAUUGUAGAAUUUGAAGGAAACAAAGAGGAGCCUGGAAGGUGGGAAGAACUGACUCGAGUCCAAGGAAAGGAGACAACAGUCGUGCUCUCUUUGGCUCCAUAUGUGAGAUACCAGUUCAGGGUCAUAGCCAUGAAUGAAGUUGGGAGAAGCCAGCCUAGCCACCCAUCAGGCCAUCACGAAACACCCCCAGCAGCUCCAGACAAGAAUCCACAAAAUAUAAGAGUUCAAGCUUCUCAACCCAAGGAAAUGAUUAUCAAAUGGGAGCCUCUGAAAGCCAUGGAGCAGAAUGGACCCGGACUGGAGUAUAGGGUGACCUGGAAGCCGCAGGGAGCCCCGGUGGAGUGGGAGGAAGAGACAGUCACCAACCACACCCUGCGGGUGAUGACACCUGCUGUCUACGCGCCAUACGAUGUCCAGGUCCAAGCCAUCAAUCACCUGGGCUCUGGCCCAGAGCCACAGUCAGUGAUUCUCUAUUCUGGAGAAGACUAUCCUGAUACAGCUCCAGUGAUCCAAGGGGUGGAUGUUAUAAACAGCACAUUAGUUAAAGUCACCUGGUCAACAGUUCCAAAGGAAAGAGUACACGGACACCUGAAAGGAUAUCAGGUAAACUGGUGGAAGACAAAAAGCCUGUUGGAUGGAAGGGCACAUCCCAAAGAAGUAAACAUUCUGAGAUUUUCAGGACAAAGAAACUAUGGAAUGGUUCCUUCUCUGGAUGCCUUUAGCGAAUUUCACUUAACAGUCUUAGCCUAUAAUUCCAAAGGAGCUGGUCCAGAGAGUGAGCCUUUUAUAUUUCAAACACCAGAAGGAGUACCUGAACAACCAACUUUUCUCAAAGUCAUCAAAGUUGAUAAAGACACUGCCACUUUGUCCUGGGGGCUACCCAAGAAAUUGAAUGGAAAUUUAACUGGAUAUCUAUUGCAGUACCAGAUAAUCAAUGACACUGAUGAAAUUGGAGAGCUAAAUGAUAUCAACAUUACAACUCCAUCAAAGCCCAGCUGGCGUCUUUUGAACCUCAGUGCAACCACCAAGUACAAAUUCUACCUGAGGGCUUGCACGUCAAAGGGCUGUGGGAAGCCAGUCACUGAGGAGACGGCUACAUUAGGAGAAGCCAGUAAAAGUGUCGGGAAGAUAUCAGAAGGAGUAAAUCUUACUCAAAAGAUUCACCCAGUAGAGGCAUUUGAGCCGGGAGCUGAACAUGUAGUCCGCCUUUUGACUAAGAGUUGGGUUGCUAACAAUAGCAUUUUUGAAGAUGUCAUUGAGACAAGAGGGACAGAAUAUGCUGGUCUAUACGAGGACAUCUCCACUCAAGGCUGGUUUAUCGGGCUGAUGUGUGCAGUUGCUCUGCUCACACUAAUAUUGUUAACUGUUUGCUUCGUGAAGAGGAACAGAGGUGGGAAGUACUCAGUGAAAGAAAAGGAGGAUCUUCAUCCAGACCCUGAAGUUCAGUCAGCAAAAGAUGAAACCUUUGGAGAAUAUAGUGACAGUGACGAAAAACCUCUCAAAGGCAGCCUUCGGUCCCUUGCCAGGGAUAUGCCGGCCACAGAGAGUGCCGACAGCCUAGUGGAGUACGGAGAAGGUGACCACGGUCUCUUCAACGAGGAUGGCUCUUUUAUUGGUGCCUAUGCCGGGUCUAAGGAGAAAGGAUCUGUGGAAAGCAAUGGAAGUUCCACCGCAACGUUUCCACUCCGAGCAUAAACAGAGCGCGUGGCAACAAACCAGUGGUUCACACCAACCUUCCAGAUUUAACUGUUCAAGGGAACAAGAACUUCCUUAUAGAAUAGAAACAUUCUGGCAGAAGCUUUCACCCAGAAUUCAAUCAUCCUGCAACUCUGUUAAGAAAAAGAGCACUGCCUUGAAAAAGUGAAAAUACCUAGCACUAUAGGCCUGUAGUUUGUUUUUGUUUUUUUUUCAGAUGCUCAAAGUGCAAACCACGAAAACAAAUCCUGUAUUUAGGUUCACCUCAACUGAAUCCAAAGUCUAUCCGGUGCAAUGCGUACCUGCCUGGUUCCACUCUUCACUGUGUUUGCAUAGAUGUUGCUGCCUUCUGGGUUUUCUGCAUAUGCACAUGUGUACUCAGUCUCAGAGAACUGUCUGGGACUUCACUUCAUGACAGGUUAAAAGAUGGUAAGCCACCUGGUUAUUUAAGCUGUAAAGAGGAAUAUGAAUGUCUUAUUAAAUAACACUUCAUUGAAUAUAUAUAGUCUAAAUUUAUUAUUUAAAACGUUACUAGCAGAAGUCUUAGGUGAACAAUCAACUAGUAUUUAUUGAGCUCCUAACUCUUUGCCCAGAGAUGGUCUUGCUUAAACAGAAUUCUUUCAGUUUCAACAUGAACUUAGUUUCUGUCAGUUAUGACACCUAAAAACAUCUUUGUUUUUUAUGGUUUUUUUGGACUCAAUUCAGCUGCAAAAGAAGCAGUGGUCAGAAGGUUAUCUUACGAAAGAACAGGCAAGAGAGGUGUCUGUGAUGCUGGGGUCUGAUAACUGUAUCUAUUUGAUAUCUCAUUCCUAAAUUGACUGCUUUUACCUUUUUUCUAUGUUUGUAUAAUGGUAUGUUCCAUAUAUUUCGUGAAUGCAUUGUACAUAUUAUGUUAAUAUUUACACAGUUUAAAAUAGAGAUUGUUUUAUUUUGAAGUGAGAAAAAGAACAUUAACAGGCAUGUCUGUACAGCUAGAGUAUAUAGUAAUAUACCAUGGACCAUGAUGAAAAUCAGUCCACAGCUAUGACCAAUAACAUGAGAUUCCCAAACUGACGACUCUGUACAAAGCAUUUGGAUUUUGUUCUUAUAUGCUUUUCCAACAAUCUCAAAAUAAAAUAUCAUAUAAAUAUUGAGGGGAAUGUUUUCAUAUUUUUUAAAGUAAAUUUUCGUUGUUGAGUGUACUCCUACCCCAGCCUGCCAAAAAGAAAAUCCGUUUAUAGUGUAAAUUCCUAUACAUACGUUUGCCUAUAUCACAUUUUAAGAAUCUUCAGGGUGGGAUAUUUUUCUGUGUUCUCCUUCUGUCAAAGCUAGUACAAGUUUAGAGAAUUUAUUUCCUGGCAUGUGAGCUACUCGUCCUUCUAAAAUUGUACAUGAGAGCGGUUUAGAAAUACUAGGAAGGGCUGUGCAUGUGUGUCAGUAAAAUUCAGUGUCGAGCUUCUCAUUUUAUGGAAAUGUUUCUUAACCUUACCAUUAAAUCCUUAAGUAUAUUUCUGAAUUAUGUUUACGUGAAACCAGCUCAUUUUUGAACUCUACCCAUUGGCAGACAUUGUUCAAGCCUUGACUUUUAUUCCUGUAACCCACUCUCUUUCUUGUGGACCAAAACGAGGGACUGUGUAUAAUAGUCAAGCAGUAAUCCACGCUGAAUAUCUAAUUAUCAUUUUAAACCUUGUGUGUCCUCCCAAAUGGAGAGGCAGCAAAAAAGAAUGUCUUACUUACAACAACACUUGGUGGGCUCAGGACUUGACCACACUUCUGAUGUAAGGAUUUCCAAAGUGGGAAGGCUCUGUGGUCCUCAAGCUGGGUAUGAGGAGCCACAUACCCAUCCAGCACCUUGAGCUUGAUCCCCAUCUAAUUUUAAGGCAGAGCUUUUCUCAAGGAAGAGUCAUCAUGUUCUGACUUACCUGGGGGGAAUUUCUGGUCCUCAGCUAUCAAUGCGGCCAAGGUUAGGACUCCUCCCUGAGUUUAGUUCCUCUGGUAUCCUGGUUCCUCAUCUUUGUCAUCAGCUGAAAAGGUUUCUGCAGGUUGGACAUAGUCUCAAAAAUGCAUUAGGAUUAAUAUAAAUUUAAUCACCUUUCAAUUAGAAAUGAACACAAAUGAUGUUUUAUUUUCCUGGAUCAUAGAGUUCUUUAACUUGUGAGCAAUAAGCAUGUUCCUGCUCAUAUUUUCUGAAUGUCCCAAACAUAUGGAUUUGAAAAACGAGAUUGCUUUAAGAUUGCCUUUAGCUAUGACUCUUCAUUACCCUGUUUCAAUAGCAUUUGGUUUCUACUGGGAAUCUGCACAGAAGGAAUAGGUCUAUGACUCACUUUCUCUAGCCUACAGCCAAUAUUAUUUCAAUGUAAUAGAUUGUAUAUAAUCUCCAGGAUUGAUGGUGGGGUCAGUUCCUAGGGAGCUGUUCAAGGGUUAGGAAAACGCAAGUUCUCUUCCUGGUUCCAGCACUGAUGUUGUACGUAAACCUUAGGCAAGUUGCUUGACCCCUUUGCUUCAAACUCUCUCAAUUUUAAAGUGCUAACGAUUAUCUCAGUUACAGGGUGUUAUUUUGUAUGAAGAAAAAUUUGAAAAUGAUAAAAGCUAAGAUGCCUUCUAACUUCAUAAACAAACCUAUAAUCUAAUGAUACGUCAAAAAGUCACUCCACACAUACCAACUUUUUUCCUGUGAACACAUAAAUAUAUUUUUAUAGAAAAAUCUACAGGAAAUAAAUCUACUGUUCAAAUGAGCAGUAUGGUUUGCACAUGCCAUCCAAAAUUAUUAAUCAGAAGGAAAUUAAGCAGGGUCUUUGCUAUACAAAAGUGUUUUUCACUAAUUUUGCAUGUGUUUAUAAGAAAAUGUGAAUUUGGUGGGUUUAUUCUGUUGGUAAAAAGGCAUCUGAUAUUUUAGAUGUAUCCAUAUUUAUAAAAGUGUAAAGCACAAUGGAAUUAUGCUGGAAGUCUCAAAUAAUAUUUUUCCUACUUUAUAUUCAUGGAAGAGAUGAGCUAAAGAGAGAACAAUAAUGAGAAAUGGUGGUGUGUUUUUCUAAGCAUUUAAGACAUACUUGCCAAUUGAAACCCUAAAAAUGUUUACAUGUCAUUAAGGUUUGAUUCUUGUAAUAAUUUUAAAUUGAUUAUGAAUGGAUUGGGUUUGUAAUCUGUGCUAGUAUGUAUCCUAGUUCCCAUAGUGAAAUAAGUAGGGUUGUGCCAAAGCUUACUUUGUUUAUAUCUUAAAUUGUUGGAUUACAUCAUCAAAGCAGAUAAAAGAUAUGCAGAACUGAUUUACCUGAUUUUCUUCUGGCUAGAAUUAAUAUUCAUAGUAGAACCUUAUUAAAAUGUGUUUGUAUUGUAGGUGGUGUUUGUAUUAUGCUUAUGAAUAUGUAUGGUUUAAAAAUAUUUUCAGUAUACAAGAAAUUCAACUUUCCCAAUAAAUGUUCAACUUCACGUACUCUAAAAA